AUGGAUGCCUUGCUCAGCGGCCUCAAUGACGCGCAAAGGAGUGCAGUCUCAAGCCCGGCGACCGUACUCCAGGUUCUCGCGCCUCCCGGCUCUGGCAAAACCAAAACCCUCACUGCACGCGUCGCAUACCUUACUUCAUGUUGCGGAUUCAAGCCAUGGAACAUCAUCGUGUGCACCUUCACCAUCAAAGCCGCCCGUGAGAUGAAAGAGCGCAUCCGCGGCUUGGUUGGCCAUGGUGUCGAGGCGAAGCUCAUUCUUGGCACUUUCCACUCGGUCGCUCGCCGCUUUCUCUGUUUCUAUGGCCACCAUAUCGGCAUCGAAAAGAAUUUUGGUAUCGCCGAUACUUCUGAUACCAAUGCCAUAAUCAAGCGUAUCAUCAAGCGUCGCGGCUACACCACCGAACCUUCUGUUGCCCGCUCACGAAUAUCCGGACUCAAGGCCCGGAGCAUCUGCUGCGAUGAAUACGCCGCCACCCAGAAACAUGCAGAACAGCAAGAAUUCGCUGCCAUAUACUCCGAGUAUGAAGAAACCUUGAAAUCCUCCAAUCUUCUGGACUACGAUGACUUGCUGCUGCGUUGUGCCGACCUCCUACGAAAACGCCCCGAAUGCGUGUCCAACAUUCAAGCCGUGCUUAUCGACGAAUUUCAGGACACGAACCACGUACAGUAUGAGCUCAUGCGCCUCAUGGCUCAGUAUCAGAAGACCAUCACCAUUGUCGGCGACCCAGACCAGAGCAUCUAUGGCUUUCGAUCCGCCGAGAUCAAAAACCUGAAGACCAUGCAGAAAGACUACCCGGAGACGGUGGUAUCAAUCUUGCAGGAGAACUACAGGUCCGGAGGUGCCAUCCUCCAAUCCGCACAGCAAGUCAUUGAGCAAGAUGAAAGUCGACCGGCAAAGGCGCUGUUUGCGACACACUGCAUUGGUGAACUCCCUGUAUUGCGCCGCUUACCCACCGCAGGAAUUGAAGCGUCCUGGAUCGUUACCGAGAUCCAACGCUCUCAAGCACUGACAGGCAGACUUCUUAAUUAUUCCGACUACGCCAUUCUGCUUCGCUCUGCUGCCCUGUCCCGCCACAUUGAAACUGCACUAGGCAAAGCAGGCAUUCCGUAUCGCAUGGUAGGUGGUCUGCGUUUCUUUGACCGCAUUGAAGUCAAGCUUCUCCUGGACUAUCUUCGCGUCAUCAACCGUCCUGAUCACAAUGAUGCUCUUGCUCGUAUUAUCAACACUCCUACCCGACGAAUCGGCGAGGCGACUGUCCGGAACUUACUGGAGGAAGCAGAAGAGAGGAAAGUCUCCCUCUGGAAUGUCAUUCUUGGUGCAGCCCAGGGAAACAGGAGACCCAAGACUAAACUCAGCACUCCAGCUGAGAAAGGCAUAGCGGAAUUUGUGAACAUCAUCCUGACCUCACAAAAGAAGAUGAAAACUUCGGAACCGGCCGGAUGCACUCUCUUAGAUCUCAUCUCGUACGUCAUGAAGAAGCUGUCGUUCCAGGAGUACCUUCAGAAAUCUCAUCCCGAGGAUUUUGAUGGAAGGUGGGCCAACGUCCAAGAGCUGAUCGCUCAAGCUACGGAUGCUUCAGUAGCUGAAGAGGAAGAUGAGGCACUGAACGAGGAUGCUUUACCGAUAGUUGAAGGUGUCGAGCAACGCGAACUAUCAAGCGCCGAGGACGAGCUUGCUCGAUUUUUGGCAAAUGUCGCGCUAUCCACCGAAGUCCAACAGGAGGAAGGUGCGGUCACCGAGCAGGUCACGAUAUCAACCAUACAUGCGGCAAAGGGCCUUGAAUGGCCUGUCGUUUUCAUUCCAGCUGCGUACGAGGGAUCAAUACCGCAUUCAAGAGCCGAAGACCACGACGAGGAGAGGCGACUGCUUUACGUGGGUAUGACCAGAGCGCAAUCGCUUCUAUACCUAAGCUGCCCCGUCAAAAACUCACAAAAGGAGAACACGAAACUGUCACCAUUCGUGUCCGACCCCAAGAUGGACAACUUCUUCAUCAAGCAAGGCCCAAAGUUCAGAUACACUCUCACACAGGACCUUGCUCGGAUUCUGCGCAGAGAUUGCCCCCCUGAGCCGGAAUGCAGAAAGGGCCGUGAGCUCGUCGAGCGCAUCGAGGACGAUUACUGGCCGCUCGACGGCGAGGAUGUGGACCCGGAAACCAAGUCCUGGGAUUUCUUCAACCGAGCCACGUCCGACGAACAGCCCAGCUCCAAGCGCCGGCGCCCGAACGACUACGUGCCCGUAUCCCUGACCGGAAACAAUAUUUCUGUAACAAUGGACCGAGCCUCGUCAUUUUCAAUAUCGAACACCACGGUACCCUCCGCGUCGUCGUCGGCGGCCGGAUUCAUGAGCGCCGGUGCACGGAUGCGCGAGAUCGAGGAUGAAGCCCAAGCGCUGCAGCGCGCGGAGAAAUUGCUCGCUCGAGAACACGCCAGGGCCCAGGCCCGGGACGACGACGAGGGACGAGCGCGCGAGCAGCAGAGGCACCUCGAUGUGAUCAAAGGCGGUAAGACAGGGUCGAAAUCACUAUUACCUCCCGGCCAGGGAAGCAUCACGAGCUUCUUCGGCAGACCGGCGGCCGGCAGGAAGCCCGAAGCCUUGCCGGACGAGCAGGUGCGCGACGCGAUAAGCUUCGUGCGUGAGAAGAAGCUCAACAAGAGCGCGACAGCCGCAGCCGCCAAGUCGACGCCAUAUGCAAGCCGCCCGCCGCAUCCCCCACCGCCACCACGCCGCCAACAUAAUCAGCCCAUCAAACGCAGCCUUACGGCGCCUUCUUCCGCUUUCCAACCGGCUUCCAUUUCUCCGCUGGAAGGAGUCCAGAACGCGGACGCACGGCCUGCGCACGCCCCACCACGACCGCCUCCAGCCCUGUCGCGUAGCGCCACGGAUCCGAGCGCCUCCUCCGCUGCUGCACCGGGCCCGGGGCACAAGCUGCGCACGGCUCCUGUCCCCGGGCGGCCCGCGCGCAAGCAAUACGAGGACGAAGCUCAUGAGGCGUUGCCGUUGUACGAGCCACCACCGGAGAAGGUGCUGCGGCAGCGGCGGCGGCCGUAUUCUUUCAUGUCGAGCUCGCCGCCGCCGCCUGUGCCGGAUGAGGAUGAUGGGGGAAAGGGGGUUGAUGGGUGGCCGGGGGAGGACGGCAAUGGAUGUGGGGACGACGAUGGUGAUGGUGCUGCUGAUCCCUCUGCGGGGUUGGUGGAUGAUGUUGUGCCGGCGGCGACGAUGCAUAACACGUCAAUGGCCAAGCUGACCGCCGGCAGCGGAUCUUCCGCGUCUGCUGGGAGGAAGACGUUGGGGAUGAGGAGGAGCGUGCAGGGGUGGGGUGCUGGCGGUGUGAAUAAACCGUUCACGGCGCCGGCGAGGAGGAAGAUGUGA